GAUCGAAUAAACUACAGCCAGCCUCGACACCGCACAUUCUCCUGCAAAUCAAACCACACACAUACACAGAGCAAUCAUGGCCACCACGCAGGGAGCAAUUUCCAAAAAGCGCAAGUUCGUUGCCGAUGGUGUCUUCUACGCCGAGUUGAACGAGUUCUUCCAGCGCGAACUCGCCGAGGAGGGAUAUUCUGGUGUCGAAGUCCGAGUUACUCCCACCGUCACCGAUAUCAUCAUCCGAGCCACACACACCCAAGAAGUCCUGGGCGAACAAGGACGUCGUAUUCGUGAACUCACCUCUCUAAUUCAAAAGCGAUUCAAAUUCCCCGAGAACAGUGUCUCCCUCUAUGCUGCCAAGGUCCAGAACCGUGGUCUCUCUGCCGUCGCACAAUGCGAAUCACUCCGAUACAAACUCCUCAAUGGCCUCGCUGUCCGAAGAGCAUGCUACGGUGUCCUGAGAUUCAUCAUGGAGAGCGGUGCUAAGGGUUGUGAGGUCGUUGUCUCCGGCAAGCUUAGAGCAGCUCGUGCGAAGAGCAUGAAGUUCACCGAUGGCUUCAUGAUUCACUCUGGUCAACCCGUCAAUGACUUCAUCGACCAUGCCACUCGCCACGUCCUGCUCCGACAAGGUGUUCUGGGAAUCAAGGUCAAGAUCAUGCGCGGUAGCGAUCCUGAAGGCAAGGCCGGACCCCAGAAGUCACUUCCCGAUUCCGUCACCAUCGUCGAUCCCAAGAACGAGGAGCCUGUGGUGCAGCCCAUGUCACAAGACUACGGCGCCAAGGCUCUUGCUGCUCAACAGGCCGCUCAGGAUGCUCGGGCACAAGAAGAGGGCGAGAAUGGCGCAGCGGGUGGUGAGCAGCAGCAGUUCAGUGCUCAGGAAUAGAGUAGCGCAAAUGGUGUUUUGUUCUUAUUCGCUUCAGCUCAAACAGAUGCUGUAGGUGCGCUGUUGCACCGCAUACCUCGCAGAGAUUUCCUUAUCGUGCGUAGCCUGGUCUGCGCAAACCUAGCGUUCGACAGGACCUUUCUAGCGAUGGUGACGGGUUGGCCUCUUCUGAGCUGCGACCUUUAUGAUAGAAAUGUGAUCAACAGCAACCCAAAAAUUUCCG